AUGUCUCGUUGUUGUCAAUGUUGUCGAAAUCUUUGUAAAGAAUUUAAAGCGUUUGCUCUUCGCGGAGAUUUAUUAGAUUUAGCAAUUGGUAUUGUCAUUGGUACAGCUUUUGUCAAUGUAGUUCAAUCGCUUGUCGAUGAUAUUAUUACACCACCAUUAGGUCUUAUUUUAGGUGGUGUUGAUUUUGUUAAUUUAACAAUAAAAAUGGCAAAUUUUGUCUACAAAGAUCAACCACCUGUUGUUAUUCGUUAUGGCAAAUUUAUUCAAACAAUAAUAUCAUUAAUUAUUGUGUUAUUUGCAAUAUUUUUUGUUAUUAAAGGUAUUAAUCGAUUAAAUAAACCAUCACUUAAAAAACAACAAUCAAUCGAAAGUAAUACUGAAAAAGUCGUUACUGAAGAAAUUAAAGUAUUACGUGAAAUUCGAGAUUUAUUAUCACGACAAACUAUUCACCAAAUCAGUUAA